AUGGGCCAGUGCCCCUCAGCCGCCGCCAUUGUCCUUCCUUUUGAGCUGUCGGGAAGAUGGAGGAUCCCACAGCAGCUGACCCGAAGAGCCCGAAGCAGAAGCAUCCAACGCGCCAGUGCUGCCGCUGCUGCUGCCACCACCUCCCUCUCACCAACACUGACCCCACCCCCACUACAGUUUUACCACCUAUACCCCAGGGUUCUGAGGCAUGUUCACAAGAUCCUGAGACCCUCGCAGAAGGCCGUGAGCGUCAUGGAUUCAUUUGUCAAGGACAUCUUCGAGCAUAUCGCCGACGAGGCCUCUCACCUGGCCCGCUCCACCAAGUGCUCCACCAUCACCUCCAGGGAGAUCCAGACAGCUGUGCGCCUGCUGCUGCCUGGGGAGAUUGGCAAGCACGCCGUGUCUGAGUCCACCAAGGCCAUCAUCAGGAUAGACUUAGCACACUCAUGCAGAUUUUGUUGCCGGAAGUGGGAUGAUGUUGUAACAAAGACUUAG